AUGGAGGGAAAUGGUGGGGAUGGUGGGUUUGUGCGAGCAGACCAGAUAGAUCUGAAGAGCUUGGACGAGCAGCUUCAGAGGCAUCUCAGCAGAGCAUGGACUGUGGAGAAAAAGAAACAAGAACAACAAGAAGAGCAACAGGUGAGGCAAGAGUGGGAAAUCGACCCCUCAAAGCUAAUCAUCAAGAGCGUCAUUGCUCGCGGCACCUUCGGCACUGUUCAUCGUGGCAUCUACGAUGGCCAAGACGUCGCAGUUAAACUUCUUGAUUGGGGGGAAGAAGGCCACAGGGCAGAGGCUGAAAUAGCUUCACUUAGAGCAGCUUUUGCUCUAGAAGUUGCUGUGUGGCAUAAGCUUGAUCAUCCUAAUGUCACUAAGUUUGUAGGUGCUACAGUAGGCACAUCAGAGCUAAAUAUACAGACUGAUAAUGGUCAUGUUGGCAUGCCGCGUAAUGUUUGUUGCGUUGUUGUCGAAUAUCUUCCUGGGGGUGCACUGAAAUCUUUCCUCAUAAAAAACCGGAGAAGGAAGCUGGCUUUCAAAGUUGUUGUCCAACUAGCACUAGAUCUUGCUAGAGGGUUGAACUAUCUUCAUUCUCAGAAGAUUGUCCACAGAGAUGUGAAGACAGAAAACAUGCUACUAGACAAGAUGCGUACUGUAAAAAUAGCCGACUUUGGGGUUGCUCGUGUUGAGGCUUCGAAUCCUCAUGACAUGACUGGUGAGACUGGAACCCUUGGUUACAUGGCACCAGAGGUUCUUAAUGGCAACCCAUAUAACAGGAAAUGCGAUGUAUAUAGUUUUGGCAUUUGCCUGUGGGAGAUAUACUGCUGUGAUAUGCCUUAUCCAGAUCUUAGCUUCUCGGAAGUGACAUCAGCUGUUGUCCGCCAGAAUCUGAGGCCAGAAAUACCUCGAUGUUGCCCAAGCUCUCUUGCCAAUGUAAUGAAGCGGUGCUGGGAUGCAAGCCCUGACAAGCGGCCUGAGAUGGAAGAGGUGGUGUCCAUGUUGGAGGCCAUUGACACAUCAAAGGGCGGAGGGAUGAUCCCUCUUGAUCAGCCUCAAGGUUGUUUUUGCCUCCGCAGGUACCGAGGGCCUUGAAAGAAUUACUUGCAAGGUAGGGCCACUAUGUGUGAAAUUUGAGCCCGAAGUUGUCUUUAAUAUGAGGUCCAACAGAUGAUCAAAGAAGAAAGGGGGUCCAACGGAAAAAGAAUGGUGAGAGUUAGAACCUUGGAGUUCUAGGAUGCAUUUCAACUAGUAUUAUGUUGUUAUUGGAGUGCGAUCUGGCCAGUUUUUGGAAUUAAUAGAGAGCUUUUUCUGAUGUGCAAUACUCUUACUACGGUCGAAAUAUUUGUUUUUCAAAACAGGAAAUGUCCGUCAACAAGGUAUAUUGUUCUUAGUCAUUCAGUUUUAACCGAGGUUGCUCAAAUGAUAAUAGGAACAAAUUAGUAGUUUAAAUGAUAAUAGGGAUAAGUUGUAAAUUUGAAUGUACUGAGUUUGAAUUUUAGUAACUCCUUAGACCAGACUAUAAGUGGUUUAUUUUUUAUAAAUAUCCUAGUUUUGAUGUGGG